UGAAGGACUGAGCAACAGUAGGACUCAGCUUAAACCCGACCCGGUCUCACCGCCCUGGUCCACUUCCGGACCAGCCUCCCGCUCCGUCGCCAUGGCGCCUGGGAUCCUCAGCGAAGUCUCUCCCGCAGGGGAGACCGGCCAGGCAUUCAAGAUCCUCGCCGUCAACGACAAGCCUUUGAAGAAUGGAGACGAGAAGCCGGCAAACGGCGUCUCAGCCAAAGAAGACAACGGGCCGCCCGCCGAGGUGAAUGGUGAAGCCAGGUCUGACGACAAGACCGAGGUUGAGAGCAGCAGCGGAAGCGAGACCAGCGAGGAUGCACCCCAAGACCAGACCAUGAAGUGCGAGAUAAAGCCUCUCGACCGGAGAUACAAUGACGACGACGAGAUCUACUUCACCGAGCGCAAGGCCGAGGUCGAGAAGCCGAAGCAGAAAGACUGGUGGAGGAUGUUCGCCUUUUGCCUGGUCCGCAAAUACAACUCGGACAACGAGCUCCAGGGCCACAGCCUCUACGUCAAUCCGCAACCGCUCCGGCAGCUGCUCGCCGACGUCAUCGGCAACUACCCAGGAGACCCCAUCGACGUGGACGACGUCCAGAUCGAGGCCCCCUACUACUCGCUCUUCCACUACCGCGCCCAGCUCGAGACGGAGGGUUUCAAGCGCUUCGCCGACGACCCGGAGUCUCUCGAGCAUCUGAAGCUGCUCUUGAACUGGAUCAAAACGCAUUUCGAGCUCGAAAUCGCCGCCUACGAGCGGUGCACCACCCAGGGGCAGAAGGUCAUCGCCUAUGACUGCGCCUGGACACUCUUCCCGCCCGGCACCAUCGUGUACUGCAAGCUGCUGACGCAGAACCGCGCCUUCCGCGUCCACAGCAAAUGGUACGACACGAACGAGCUCAACCCCAGCCUGAACCUGCUGGCCGAGUUUGUCGACUUUGACGGCCACCGGCUGGGUACGCGGCGCAUCGAGCUGAGCAUCUCCAAGUACCCGGGCACGCGGGAGCUGGGCGAGCUGAGCGUGAUCCCGCUCGACCUGCUCGACGAUGCCGAAGACGUCCGCGAGGAGCUGCUCGCUCGCGGCAGGAAGUUCGAGAGCUACGUGGGGCAAAACCUGCUCGCGUACAACGGGAUCGCCAUCAAGAAGAUGCCCGAUGGCUACGCCCGCUUCAGCGUCACGGGGCGAGUCAUGAUCGACUGCAAGACGUACCACCGGAUGGAGCCCAACGACUCCUUCGUCGUGACCAGCGGCGAGUCGUCCAGGAUGGAGCGCAGCCGCAAGAAGGCGCUGGCCCAGCUCAGCUUUGCCGGGGCCGACGGGACCCCGCAGUUCGACCGGCUGUCGGACGAGGACGCGAUGCUGACCAACGCAACCGUGCGCGGCUACUCGUUCACCGCGAAGCGCUUCCUCGAGUUCUUCGUCGAGGACCUGUCCGAGAUCGAGUGGAACUCCCGCUGCUUCGAGGACCUGGUGCUGGACCCGGCCAUCAAGAAGACGGUGCAGGCGCUCGUCUCGACCCACGCCCAGAAGCGCGACACCUUCAACGACAUCGUCAAGGGCAAGGGCAUGGGCCUCGUCUGCGUCCUGCACGGCCCGCCCGGCGUCGGCAAGACCCUGACCGCCGAGUGCGUCGCCGAGCUCGUCAGGCGGCCGCUGUACAUGGUCUCGUCCGGUGACUUGGGAAUCACCAGCGCUGAGCUGGACCGGUCGCUAUCGCGCAUCAUGGACAUGGCGGCGACGUGGCGGGCGGUGCUGCUGAUCGACGAGGCCGACGUGUUCCUGGAGCGGCGGUCGCUGCACGACCUGCACCGCAACGCCAUGGUCAGCGUGUUCCUGCGCGUGCUCGAGUACUACAGCGGGAUCCUGUUCCUGACGACGAACCGGGUGACGACCUUCGACGACGCCUUCAAGUCGCGCAUCCACAUCCCGAUCCGGUACACGGAGCUGAGCGUCGACUCGCGCCGCCAGAUCUGGCGCAACUUCUGCCGCAAGGUGCCCGGCGGCGUCGACAUCGACGAGAAGGGCCUGGCCACCCUCGCCGAGGCCGACCUCAACGGCCGCCAGAUCAAGAACGCCAUCAAGGCCGCCGAGAGCCUCGCCGCCUUCGACGGCGUCCGCCUCGACCUCAAGCAGCUGCUGCAGAUCACCAAGAUCCAGGCCAUGUUCGAGAGCGACCUGACCAGCCUCAGCGGCGUCGACUACACCGCCCCGGGGGCCAGCAAGAAGGACGCCGAGAGCAGGAACAUGUUCCUGUGAUCUCUCUCUCACUCUAUAUGUCUCUUGCUUUCUCUCUUUCUUUCCCUUUUGUUCUCUCUUUUUGACUCUCUCUCGUCUCAAAGAUUUGGUUAUUGGAGAUUGGGGUUCAGAGGUAACACACCGUGCAUUCAUGAUGGCGUUGCGGUUGGGAACUUC